AUGUUCAGCCGUACUUUCGCUCUCUUUGUGACUGCCCUCGUCGCUGCUUCUGCAGCUAGAGCGAAGCCUGUUGUUGAAGCCGACAAUGUUGCAAGAGGUGCUGAUGCUGCGCCCACAGUCGAAGUGUGUGUCGAUGUUGAUGGAAACUGUGUCAAUAUUCCGGCUGUGAGCGACAGCUGCGUCAAUUUCACCGGGGGUCUGUCCUUCUUGGACAAGCAGGCGAGCGCUGCCACCAUUCCAUACGGAUUCGUGUGCACCUUCUACAAGUAA